UGAGUUAUAUUAUAUCCCGGGAAUCUGGACUGCUACACCGUGCACAAGACAAAGAACAUAGCCCAACAAAACGGGAUCCCAGCAUUGGCGAAUGACGGGACAGCGUUCUAAAUUCUGGAAAUUACAGGGGUAGAGGAAUAAAGAGAGAGACAGAAGCGUAGGAGCAGCAGAGAGUAAGCAAGCUGAACACAUCAACCCGACCGCUCCCUGACGAGCCUGUGUUAUGAGUCUGUCUGUGUGACUAAAUAAGGGAUGCGUGCAUGAGCCUGGUUCACAUUCUGAACCAUUUUAAAAUAUACAUUUUCCUUUUUAACCUGAGAGACACUACCCUCCAAAGAAGCGUAUUCUAGCAUACAGAGUGCUCUUCGCGGAGAAAGGUCUAUACACAUUGAAAGACGACCUGGUAAUAAACCAUAAAUAUAGUUUCCGAGGGGGAAAGAAUGACGGCUAAAUUGACACUUUAAUUGACCCCGGAAGGCAGGAACAAAAGCAAUGCGUCUGAAGAAGCGAGGGCUGAUGUAAACAGACACAUCCACCAUCCCCUGGGACCGGGAAACUCUGCAACUGGGCUCCGUGACUUUCAAAAAACCUUCUCCACGCUGCCUUGAAAAAGUGCACAAUAUGGGCACAGCUGUGAACCAGUGCAAGAAGCUGACGUCUAUGAGAAAAUGGAAAAAAUUUAAGUAAACAAAUUUAAAAAAAACAAACAAACAAAAAAACCCUAAAAAACACGUUUGUCAAAACGGCUCGUAUCGAUGUAAAUUGUGAUUGUGAUAACCGCUAGUGGUUUUUGGAGGACAUGGAAUUUUUGACAAGGGUGAUAAAUAAAAUAAUAAACCAUUUUUGCUAAGAAAAACUAAGUGCAGGGACAGACCUUGCAAAAUAAAUACAUUGUUAGUAUUAAUUAGACGCUUAUGUAAAGGCAGAUGAAGCAAUAAUGACAUUGAUGGUUACAAUGUACAUAACGCAGUGGACUGUACAGCCAUUUGGUUUGAAACUGCGCAGCAGUAACUGGUAACGCUAAUUGCACCUGUGACAUUUACGUGCAGGUGAAUGGUAAAGCGGUAAGUGAAACGACUGACACCAACACGCUGAGAUAAUCCGUGUAUAGCGUUGAGGAUUGGCGACAACAACCAGAUCGUUAGUUCUCAAACAAGCCAAUGUGUUGCGAGGCUGAUUAUGUAGAGCUGAUUCUGGGCGUGUGACGAUGGGAGAAUGAAAACACCGCGAUCGCAGAUCAAGCUCAGAGGCCUCUGCUGAAGCAAGUGUAUUCUGAUAUUCCAGCGUCUCUCACCUGUGGUUGAAAAAAUUAGGCGCCAGUUAUAUUUGCGCUCAAUUCUAGAAUAUGAAAAAUAGGAAAUAUGUGUGUAUCUCUGUGAACAUGCAUGAUGUUUGUAGUGCUUUCUGACUGAAACAUAUAUUUUCUUUGAUUUAACAAUUUUAAUUGCUGUUGAAGUUUUACCUAAAAUAUGGACAUUCUACCCAGGCGUUCGCCAGUAGAAACGGAUUAACCCUUUCACCCCAGGAUCAUUCUGGCACGUGUAAGUGGCAGUACCCUGGAAAAGGAAGUUUAAAGCAGCGAGCAGAGACUUGAAGGGACUGUGGCGUGGUACUUGAGCAGGCGGCAUAUCCUUCAUAAAUCAUAGCCGGGAAUAAGACUACAGGAUGCCGGUCAGGAGAGGACAUGUGGCCCCCCAGAACACAUUCCUGGAUACCAUCAUCAGGAAAUUUGACGGGCAAAGUCGUAAAUUCAUUAUCGCCAAUGCACGAGUCGAGAACUGCGCCAUAAUCUUCUGCAACGAUGGCUUCUGUGGCAUGUGUGGAUACACACGGGCAGAGAUCAUGCAGAAACCGUGUACCUGUGACUUCCUGUACGGGCCACAGACCAAGAAGGGAGCCAUUGCGCAGAUUGCACAGGCCCUGCUGGGUUCCGAGGAUAGAAAGGUGGAGAUUAUCUUCUACAAGAAAGACGGUGUGUGGUUCCUGUGUCAGGUAGACGUGGCCCCGGUGAAGAACGAAGAUGGCACAGUUGUAAUGUUCAUCCUGAACUUUGAAACCAUGACAGAGAACGAGCUGCUGGACUCUCCUGAGAGGGAUGUCAACCACAAGGUCCCCUCUAACUGGUUCCCAGCAGGCAGGGCGCGAGGCUUCAGGCUGCGUUUUCCGAUGCGGCGCUCCCUGACAGCCAGUAAGCAGUCCCUGCCGCAGGAGGACCCAGACGCGGUGGUGGUGGACUUGUCCAAGCCCAGCAGUGAGUCUCUGGCCCUGGAGGAGCUGCUGUCCACUCCGGAGAGGAACUGCCUGGUGAGAUCUGAGCUGCAGCUGCCGGAAGACCAGCGAGCGCACAGUGACGGGGUGCUGGAGUCCCUGAACCUCUCCUACCCCCAGCCAGACCGCCUCAACCCCGACAUGUCCUUCUCCAACUGCAGCCUGACAUGCAGCCGCUCCCGUGAGAGCUUCUACAGCAUGCGCCGAGCCUCCUCCGUCGACGACAUUGAGACGCUGAAGACCGACUUUGACAAGAAAUUCUGCAAUCGUCAUGCCAGCACAGGUGGAAUGAAUCACAUCAAAACCACCCUUCUGAACUCCACCUCGGACUCUGACCUGAUGCGUUACCACACCAUCGGCAAGAUACCCCAGAUCACCCUGAACUUCGUGGAUUUCAAGGGGGACCCCUUCAUAGCCUCCACGUCCACGGACACGGAGAUCAUUGCACCGUGCAAGCUGAAGGACCGCACACACAACGUCACUGAGAAGGUCACACAGGUUUUGUCACUGGGUGCCGAUGUUCUUCCUGAGUACAAGCUGCAGGCUCCCCGGAUCCACAAGUGGACGAUCCUGCACUACAGCCCCUUCAAGGCAGUGUGGGACUGGCUGAUCCUGCUGCUGGUGAUCUACACGGCUAUCUUCACACCCUACUCAGCGUCCUUCCUGCUCAACGACCAAGAGGAGGUGAACCGCCGGGACUGCGGCUACUCCUGCAACCCACUCAACGUGGUGGACCUCAUUGUGGACAUCAUGUUCAUCAUCGACAUCCUCAUCAACUUCCGCACCACCUACGUGAACUCCAACGACGAGGUGGUGAGCCAGCCCGGCCGCAUCGCCGUGCACUACUUCAAGGGCUGGUUCCUCAUCGACAUGGUGGCGGCCAUCCCCUUCGAUCUUCUCAUUUUCCGCUCCGGAUCAGAAGAGACCACCACUCUGAUUGGCCUCCUGAAGACAGCCCGGCUGCUGCGAUUGGUGCGUGUGGCGCGGAAGCUGGACCGCUACUCUGAGUACGGCGCGGCAGUGCUCUUCCUCCUCAUGUGCACUUUCGCCCUCAUCGCGCACUGGCUCGCCUGUAUUUGGUACGCCAUCGGCAACGUGGAGCACCACUACCUCAGCCCACGGAUAGGCUGGCUGUUCAAUCUGGGAGACCAGAUUGGCAAACCCUACAAUGACAGCAACGCCUCCUCCGGCCCCUCCAUCAAGGACAAAUACGUGACGGCGCUCUACUUCACAUUCAGCAGUCUGACCAGCGUGGGCUUCGGGAACGUCUCCCCCAACACCAACUCCGAGAAGAUCUUCUCCAUCUGCGUCAUGCUCAUCGGCUCUUUGAUGUACGCCAGUAUCUUUGGGAACGUCUCUGCGAUUAUCCAGCGGCUGUACUCGGGCACGGCGCGCUACCACACUCAGAUGCUGCGUGUUCGAGAGUUCAUUCGCUUCCACCAGAUCCCCAACCCACUGCGGCAGAGACUGGAGGAGUACUUUCAGCACGCCUGGUCCUACACCAAUGGCAUCGACAUGAACGCGGUGCUGAAGGGUUUCCCAGAGUGUCUCCAGGCAGAUAUCUGUCUACACCUGAAUCGCAGCCUGCUGCAUAACUGCAAAGCCUUCAAGGGAGCCACCAAGGGCUGCCUGCGAGCGCUGGCCAUGAAGUUCAAGACCACGCACGCCCCCCCGGGCGACACACUGGUCCACGCAGGCGACGUGCUCUCCGCACUCUACUUCAUCUCACGCGGCUCCAUCGAGAUCCUGCGCAGGGACGUGGUCGUCGCCAUUCUGGGUAAGAACGACAUUUUCGGAGAGCCAAUCAACCUGUACGCUCGUCCUGGCAAGUCGAAUGCAGAAGUGCGGGCGCUGACCUACUGCGACCUUCACAAGAUCCACCGCGAGGAUGUGCUGGAGGUUCUGGACAUGUACCCCGAGUUCUCGGAUCACUUCUGGUCCAACCUGGAGAUCACCUUCAACCUCAGAGAUACCAACAUGAUCCCCGGAUCCCCAAGCAGCGAUGACUCUGACUGCGGCUUUAACCGGCUACGGCGCCGAAAACUCUCCUUUAGGAGGCGGACAGAGAAAGAUGACAAGAAUGCUGGUGAGAUAAAGAUGACCCAGAAACCUUUGCGAAGGGGGAGAAGGCAGGGUAGCAACAAACAGGGGGAGGGGAGAAAGCCAGAGUGGGAGGGUGCUCACAGCUCAGUCUCCUCCCCUUUGGAAUCCAGCGAAGAGGAGGGCGAGGGACCUCUGCUACAGGUCCCGCCCCCUCCCUCCACCAUCCUGGAGAUGUCCCCCCCCAAGGUCACACCCUCACAGCUCCACUUCAGGGGCACCCGAGAGGGAGAGAGGGACCCCAAGACAGGCAACACUUGUAAUGCACUCUCAGGAGCGUUCUCGGGGGUGUCAAAUAUCUUCAGUUUCUGGGGUGACAGCUGCAGUCAACAGUACCAGGAGCUGCCGAGGUGCACUGUGCCGCGACGCGCUCCAGGCAAUGCACCAACACACAGCAUCACACGACGGCAGAGGUCAGAAGUGGAGUGCAGGCUGGAUCUGCUCCAGAAGCAGAUGAACAGGUUGGAAUCCCGGAUGACAUCAGAUAUUGGUGCCAUCAUGCAACUGCUGCAGAGGCAGAUAGUCCUGGUGCCACCAGCCUACAGCACGGUGCUGUCUCCUUCACAGCCGGCACCCUACCCUGGCCUGGGAGAGAGGCUGGUGCAGCCUGUCCCCCCACUGGAGUCUGAUACUCUGGCCUCGCUUUCUCAGAUUUCUGAUUCCCUGAAUUUUGAAGAGUCUCCUCUGAAGUCCUGUUACUCUCUUCUGAGCACCACAGAGCUGCUGCCGAAGGAUCUUCCAGCAGAGACGCCUCUGGCUGGGGAGGCAUGCCAGACAGCCAGCCACACUGAAGCAGACCAGGAUCCCACAGGGGCAAAAUCCAGCCACGUGUGGCCACGCCGGCUCUCCUUGUCUGAGCAGCACAGAGGGGACCCCUUGGACACACUGACUCCCCAGCGGCACAGCUCGGACCCUGGGAGUUAAUGUUCACUCGAUAUAGCAUCAUGAGCUAUUUCGUGUUGUCCAACAUGAGGGGCAUCUGUAUUACUCUACAGUGGGAACAAAUAGCUUCUAGACAAAAUUCAAGUGUUUUAUUUCAUUUUAAGACUUUAGGACUUUUAGGAAACCUGGUAACUACUGAGAAAGGCUCUUCUGACAGACUUGAGAGGAAUUCAGGAGACAAAUGUUUCUACCUCUUUAGUAGGUACAUUUUGACUUCAGUAACUGCACAGAGAGAAAGUCUGUUUCCAAUCUCUGGUAGAGAUGUUAUGAAACACAAGUGAACAGGCCUAUAGAUAAGGAGCCACUGUUGCAAAGAUGAGGCACAGCGCAGUGUCUCAAGAACUCUUUGUUCUGAAAAACAAAUGUGAGCGCUGGAGGCACCUCAUUCCUUUGUUUGCCUUUCCUGCAAAGCUGACAUUCUUAAAAUAAUAAGAAAAAUAGCCAUUUGGUGUUGCACUGAAAUUCAGGGGAAUAUUCUUUCAUGGCCCUCACUACUUCUUGAAGGCGCUUCCUGACUGAAACUGAAAUGUUAAGAUGUUAGCAGGCCUAACAAUCAGUCACCCAUCCUAUACUUUCAGGGGAGCAUUCGCUGAAUUCACUGCUCCUGAAAGAAUAGCCAUUGGUUCUAACUGAGCAUAUCAAAUUCUCGUUGAAAAACCUUGUACAGAUUAUUCAAACAAAGUCAUAUAACAGUAUGCACAGCAGUUCAGAAUAGUAAGUUAUUUUAUGUGAAUAGGGUUUUAGCUCAAUGUGCAUGUCCAAUGCUCUGGCCCAUAAACUGGGUUUCUUCACUGAGGUGGCUGGUAUGUCAACGCUGGCAUUCGUCACCAAGCCUGGAGAUGUCAGAAAUGUUUGUGGUGUGGUGAGGGGGUAGCUAUCAACAAAAGAGGCAUAGGUCAAUAAGAGGUAACUGAAGCCUUUGAAGGGUAUAAAAGUGUGCUCCAGACCAGUGAAGAGAAUAGCUUGUGUGUUAUAGGGCUAUUCUGCCAUUUGGAGAUAUUUUGGAACUUGAGAGGGCUGCGCAGGCAGAGGUGUACAUUCUGCAGAGAUACAUCUGGAUCUACCGCUGCACCCUUAUACAGUUUUAGCCAGCGAUAGCCAGUUAUUGUCAAUCACAUUUUACAAAAGUUGACACAGCUACCACACCUCAUAACAAAGGUUGGCUUAUGUUGUCUUUUCUUUCACCAGUGAAAUCCCUUCAGUAGUCACCAGCUGAUAGAUUAACUUUCUUUAAAAAUUAAAAGAGAGCUCCCAAAUCCCCCCUUCAUGCUUUCAGGACAAUUCCUCUUGGCAUGUUUGACACAACCUGCUCCCAGUCAUCCGCAUUGCAUGAAUGAUGAAGACGUUAGCAAUAGGGAUGUGCAGACACCCAAGAAUCUCCUUUAACAUUGUUUAAGUCAGCAGGUAUAUUUAAUACAGAAAAGAAACCUGUUAAUGUAUUAAUUGCAAAACAUGAAAUUAUGAUUUUCCCGUCAUUUGCAGUCUGCACAUUAAUAAAAACCAACCAAUGAUAAUGAGACAAUGUUUUCUGGUAGUGAAAUUAAUAUAGAAUUAUCUAAUCAUUUGUCAGGUAGAGAGCAAGAACAACUCAAGGUCUCUCAUCUGAAAAUAAGGUGUUCUGCUUCAAGCUGUACCUGAGAUUUAGCUGUAAACAUUAAACCCGUCUUCUGUUGUAAAGGAACAGUCAAUUUUUACAUUAUUUGUGCAAACUUUUUCAACAAAUUUAUAAUUAGAAAAUUACAAGGCCAGCCUUGUCCUCUGUGUGCACAUCUUAGGAAUACAGUUAUAUCGACAUUAUUAUCUUAUUUAUGGAUGUUUGUAUAUUGCAACAUUUUGCCUGCUGCAUCUCUUUGGUUGCUCUUGUAAACAAGAUGCUGCCUCAUCCUAGUUAAUAAUAUUAUCCCUGUGAUAGGGAAGGGGUCCACUGACAGAAAGACGGAGACAGAACUGGCUCUGACACACAGCUCAGGUGCACACAUUUGUGUUUUAAAUAAACAAAAAGAAAUACUGUGACACGAUCAAAAAUGGUAGGUCAUGGGCAGAUAUACAAAACUUUACAAACAGAUAAAA